AUGACUACACCGACUCCCAACGCAGAAUCUGCUCCUAAGCCUGCCUCGCCAUCCUCGCAACCUUCCAUCUCCAGCGCAGAGGCAACCGCCGUGGAGAAGGGGAACGCAAACGUUGCUGCUGUUGACCUGGAACGCGUCGGCGAGACUCAAGGCUACAUUCUGGAUGAGACGCAAUUGAGGGAAAAGUUGGGCCUUGCCCCAGAUGCCGUCCUCAAGAAGGGAAAGAAUGAUGUGGUCUUGAUUCCUCAACCCAGUGACGACCCUGAGGACCCCCUAAAUUGGACACCAACCAAGAAAGCCCUUAUCCUGAUCGUGUUAGCUGUCGUCGCCUGUACCGCUGAUUACUCUGCCGCCACUGGUGCCAGCGCUCUGCUUCCUCAAUCUCAGGAAUGGCAUAUCACCCCCGAUAAAGUUAAUCAUGCCACCGCCGGUAACACAUUCAUGCUUGGAGUGGGUGGUCUGGCCACUGUCUGGCUCAGUGCCUAUUUCGGACGCUUGCCUGUCUUGUUCUGGUUCGGAUGCCUGUCCGCUGGGACUGCGGCCUGGUCUGCGGCUGCACGAUCAUUCGAAUCCUAUAUGGCCUCCCGUAUUUUGAACGGCCUAUUCUGUGUCGCCGGUGCUGGUGGUGGCCUAAUGUGGAUUCAAGAUGUCUGGUUCUUCCACGAACACCCUCGCAAAAUCAACAUUUGGUCUACUGCCAUUAUUCUUUCUCCAUUCUUGGGCCCUCAAUUCAUGGCUGCGUGUAUUCACGCCGACUCCUGGAGAACUGGAAUGUGGCUCAACUUUGGUAUCAUUACACUUGGCCUGGUUCUCACUGUUGCUUUGGGCGAAGAGACCUUUUACCCCCGCCAUCUGCCUAGGGAACAAGUCCCGCCUCGAAAAAACAGAUUCCUUCGAAUCGUCGGCGUCGAGCAAUUCAAAACUCAUUACACAACCAACGGCUUCUUCGAAUCAGGUGCUCGCCUGGCAUAUGCUCUACUGAAGGCCCCUGUCUUCCUCAUCUGCUUAUUCCAUUUCUUUGACUUUCCCUGGACCAUUGCAAACAACACGACAAUCUCCGUUCUCAUUGUGCCUGCCUAUAACUUUGACUUCUUGAAUUUGGCAGCCAUUUACGUUGCGCCAGUUGUGGGAGCCAUCCUCGGUCUCGUCGUGGGACACUUCCUCUUUGACCUAGUCGGCAAGUUGUAUGCUCGGCGUCAUGGCGGUCGUCUCGAACCCGAAAACCGAUUGAUUGUGCUAUGGCUUGUCCUCCCCAUCAAAAUCGUGGGAUACAACCUGAUUGGAGUGACGCUUCAACAUGCGCAGACUUGGUCAUGGUGGGUUCUGGCCGUGGGUUGGGCCAUGCACAAUUUUGCCACCAUCGUCACCACCACAGCCAUCGGCGCUUACCUUCUCGAUGCAUACCCCGAAGCAGGCGGUGAAUGUGCUGCUUGGAUCAACUUUGCUCGCACAUUGGGUGGCUUCAUCAUGGGUUACCUACAGCUCAAUUGGGCUCAUUCGGCUGGCACCCAGACCCAGUAUGGCAUCCAAUCCGGCAUCAUGGCGGCAGCAUUUAUCAUCAUCAUCUUCAUGCAGUUCUUUGGUGCCCGGCUGAGAAAGGCACAAGGUCCACUCAAGUUCAAGACCAACUAA